CCACCAUAACCCCUAAAUCUCCUCCUCCUCGUCUCUCUCUCUCUCUCUCUCUCUCUCUCUCUCUCUCUCUCUCUCUCUCUCAACUCUUCUUCUUCUUCUUCUUCUUCUUCCUCCACCAACCCACCAUGGACGAGUCCCCCACCCCCUCCACUCCCCCUUACACUCGCUCCUCCCCUCCUCACUCAAAACCAAGAAGAUCCCCAAUCUCCCCGUCCCCACUCCACCUCGCCACCAACCACACCCGCCGCAGCCCCAUCUCCCUCCACGAGCUCCUCAUCCUCUCCCCCUCCCCCCACCGCCGCCCCCCGAGGGAGAGCCUCGACGCCCCCACCCCGACGCCUCGCCGGAGAGGGAAGGGCAGGGCGGCGGUCGCCGCCGCCGCCGCCGCCGCCGCCAAUGGGCUCAUCGGUUGCGCGUCGCCGAGGAACGCUCGAAGGGCUCGGCGCAGGCUUGAGAAGGAUAUUGCUAGAGAUGAGAGGGAAUUGGGCCAUGGGGGGGAGGAUGAGCUUGGGAGGGUGAGGAGGAGGAAGCAGAGCAGGACCAAGGUGGCGAUCAAAGAGAAGCUGGAUCUGGCGGCUUCGGCGCCUUCUCCGAUCCCGAGUCCAUUGCCCAAAGUAAUUUCUCACGACAAACAAAUAAAAGUAGAAGGUUUGUGGGAGAGGAUUUUGGAACUGAUAAUGUGGAAGAACGUCGCGAAAUCGUCUCUUUGGUUCGGUUUCGGGUCGAUGUUCUUCUUGUCGUCUUCAUUUUCCAAAGAUUUUAGCUUCAGCAUCAUCUCCGCAAUUUGUCACCUGGGUAUUCUGAUUUUGGGCUUGGCCUUCUUCAGAGAUUCUGUGCCCCAGAGGCAGCAGAUAAAAUGGGGAGGGAGCUUUGAGUUGAAAGAAGAAGAUAUCGUCCGCGCGGCCCGUGUAAUACUACCUAUUGCGAAUGCCGCCAUGUCGAAGAUUCGAGAGAUGUUCUCCGGUGAGCCAUCGAUGACUCUCAAAGUGUUACCUCUUCUUCUUUUCGGGGCCAAGUAUGGUCACCUGAUAACCUUUUGGAGGCUUUUAGCAGCAGGGUUUUUCUUGAGCUUCACUAUUCCGAAACUCUACACUUGCUACACAGAGCAGAUUCAUAGGAGAGUUGAGAAUGCAAGCAAUUGGGUGAUGGAAGCAUGGAAAUCAUGCCCGCGCAAGAGAUUUGUAGCCGCAUCGGCCGCAACAAUGUUAUGGAACUUGUUUAGUGUCAAGACUCGGAUUAUCGCAGCAUUUGUUUCUGUCGUGAUAUUACGUUACCACCAUCAACGACAAUCAAUCCGUAAGGAAGAAGAGAAUGGUGACACGGAAAUGGAAGAAGAGGAGCAGAAACAAGCCAUGGUGUUGGUUGAGUAAGCUUUGCAAAUGAUGCAACUUCUCUGAGCAAACUCCACAAAAAAGAUCGAGCACCUGAUGUUGGUCUUGCUUGGGCCUACAUAUCUGUAGUAAUGUGUGUAUCUACGAACCUAGACAUGAAUAAGAAGAAUAUCGGCAAUAGAGGCAUGAGAAUCCCUUCAAUUGCUUGAUUGCUUGAUUGCUUGAUUGCUUGAUUACAUGUAGCAGCAGCUGCACUGAGAUCUAGUUAAUGAUAUAGCUGUUUGAUUUCGUAUACAGCUUGAAAUAAUGUUGACUAGUUCUUUUUUCAUGAUAUUAUGUUGACUAGUUCUUUUUUCAUGAUAUUAUAGCUAGAGCUAAUCAAUUCAACUCCUAUCAGGGUUCCUGUCUUGGAUCUGCCAAUUCAAACCAAGUAUGAGGUGUGUUAAAGUAUAUAAACGCUAAAACGCCAUUCUUUAUAACUUAUGCUCGUAGAAAAGUCGGUUGUUUCAGAAAGCAAGUCGACUGUGCAGUUUGGUGACAGUGAACGAACAACCACGAAAUCCCUGAACUGCAGCCCCUGAUAACCCCAUGCCGAUUACCUUUGCUGUAAUUCCUGCCUCCCAACAACUCACGACGUUAAGAAAGCAUGCACCUAGUGCGUCUACAUAUACGUUCGUGCAUCACAACAUCUAUCAGCACUUCAUUUUAUCUCAUCCGUGCAUCCGUGCUAGAGCUAUCUACUAAGCUGUGCUACUUUUUGUCUCAUCUCAUCAUGUAUCUCGAAUUGUUGUACUCCUUUUUCUCUAACAAACUACUGGCCUUUAAAGACUUACAGGGAAACUCCGCACGUAUUCUCAUCGAAAAGCUUUUUACUCUAUUCAGCCUUGCAAACAGCUCCAAUCUCACUCACAUAAAUCAUGUUGGAUAUGGAACAGUAGAUUCUCUAAUGCCCUCUCUUAUGGCUUGAUGAUGAAAGGCAAACAUUGUGAUUCUUUAUUUUUGUUGGAAAAAUUAUUCUCUUUCUAAAAUCUUUAGUAAAAUAUCUUUAUAAACAAUUUUGAAUGAAAACAAUUUAACUUCAGUUUUAAAAACCUUAAGCAAAACUUAAAUAGUUAAUGCUAUGAAGAUUAAAAGAUCAGAUGAAGUCUGUGAGUCGAGGCAUGCGAAAGCACUGUCCUAGAAGCAAGAUUGCCCCUUCACGUACGAGGCUCCGGCAAUCACUCCUAGCGAUACAACGACCGCUGUCCACCCCGUACAACGACCGCUGUCCACCCCGUCGGCACGUCUUCAGGGAACUGUAUGAGCUUUCAAAGAUCCAGCAAAAAUGGCAAUGUAUAGUUCAGUGAUGAGAUGAUGUAAAGAUCAGUGUAAGAGAAGAUGAACAAGAGUAUGCAAGCUCGGGUUAAGGCUCACAAUGUAUAUGCACAAAUGCACCUCUCUUUAUAUAGGACAGGUUAUGGAAUGGUCCAACGGGAAUAUGGUCCAAGGAGGAUCUUUGACCAAGAUCUGGCACCUUCCCGAGAUGAGACCAAGACCAAAUCUGGACAAGAUCCAGAUUGAUCUCGUUAGGGUCCUUCCCGAGGUUGACGCGCGCCGCAGCCCGGCCCGGCUCGUGCCGUGCGUGUGUUUAGUCGAAAGCUUCACUCUCAUAUUCUCCCAAGUAAUAAAGGUGAGAGUAAGAGAGUAUAUAAAGUAUAACAACAUAUCUUUGCUUUCCAAUAUGGGACUAAACUCCUCAUGUAGAAACUAAGGCACAGGCUUCCAUGCAAGGCCCAUAGAGAGUUGGGCUGCCCAGGAAGCCCAUGGGCUAAAAUCAAGUUUUAAAUCACUAUUUUAAACAAUUAAAACUAACAAUUUUUGGUUUGUCAAUGCC